AUACAGUUUACUUCCAAGCUUCGACUACAAUCGGGCUUCGCCCCAUCUCUUCUCGAGGGUUAGGGUUUACUCUCUCUCUCUCUCUCUCUCUCUAUCUCUCACAGCAACGAUGGCGAACCGUACGGACCCCGCAGCCAAGAGCAUAAGGGGAACGAAUCCUCAAAACCUAGUGGAGAAGAUUCUCAGGUCCAAGAUAUACCAGAACACCUACUGGAAGGAGCAGUGCUUCGGCCUCACGGCGGAGACGUUGGUCGACAAGGCCAUGGAGCUCGACCACCUCGGCGGCACCUUCGGCGGCAACCGCAAGCCCACCCCAUUCAUGUGCCUUGUCAUGAAGAUGCUCCAGAUCCAGCCCGAGAAGGACAUCGUCGUCGAAUUCAUUAAGAACGAGGAUUACAAGUAUGUACGGGUACUUGGAGCAUUUUAUUUACGCCUUACAGGGAUGGAUAUUGAUGUGUACCGAUACUUGGAACCGUUGUACAAUGACUAUCGGAAAUUGAGGCGCAAAUCAGCUGAUGGGCAGUUCUCUUUGACACAUGUGGAUGAGGUUAUCGAUGAGCUCCUGACAAAAGAUUAUUCAUGUGAUAUUGCUAUGCCGCGUAUAAAGAAAAGAUGGACUCUUGAAUCCAUUGGUUCACUGGACCCUAGAAAAAGUGCUUUGGAAGAUGAUUUUGAGGAGGAGGAAGAAAAAGAAGAGGAAGAGGAACACAAUGCUGAAUUAGAAAAUGGAACUCAUGAAAAGGAUUACUACCGCGGGCGAAGUCCCACAAGGGAAAGAGAUAGGGACCGUAAACGUGACAGUCACAGAUAUAGGGAUCGCGACUAUGAGAGGGACCGUGAUUAUGACAGGGAACGCGGAAGAGGACGGGACAGAGAUAGGGAGAGAGACAGGGAUAGGGAUAGGGAUAGGGACAGGGACAGGGACAGGGACGGCCAUCGCCUUAGAGAUGAAAAGGACCAUGGCCGUGAGAGAGAGAAAAUAAGGGAGUGGGAAGGUAGGGAACGGGAUAGGCGAGACAGGGAUCGUGGCAGGCGGAGGAGCCAUUCGAGGAGCCGAAGUUGGAGUAGAGACCGCAAGGAUCGUGACGGAGAGCAUCGCAAGAGGCAUGCCCGUAGCAGUGCCAGCCCUAAAAGACACGAGAAUGGGACGGAGAAUGGACCGAGGAAGAAGAAAGAGAAGAAGGAGAAGAAGGACGACGGGACUGACCACCCGGAUCCUGAGAUUGCCGAGGCAAACAGAAUUCGGGCAUCCCUAGGGAUGAAACCAUUGAGGCCAUGACCAGUGGGUGUUUGUAUUUUAUGUUUAAUUCGAUGUAUUGUCAGAAAGAGGUAAUUAUGCUACUCAGCUAUUGCUAGUUGCUUUGUGCUGAUCGGUAAUAAGUCUCUGGUGGAUCUCUUCGACUUAAACAUUUGUUUCAACAGUAUAAAGUGGAGUACCUGGUUUUCCUUGCAUA